GAAUCUGCUUGGGGAAAAGUCAUGUGGGAUGGGACUUUAAUCAGGAAGGGAAUUGACCAAAACAGAGCAAAAAAGCUGGCUGGAUCCAACCACAUAUAUGCCACCCUCCUCGGAGGACAGAUUGGGAGAUAGAAGAAUGGAUAAAGCUGCACAGGAGAUGGUUAAAAACGAAAACAUUUGAAUAAUAUGCAAGUCACAUAAUAUAAGAAUAUAAGAUGCUUUUAAAAGAUGCCACGUGCCUCUUUGGCUGGCCGGCACUAAUGCUUAUUUCAGUACUUCUCACUCUUAACAUAUUAUUGUGUACUGAAGAAUUAAAUUUCUAGCACCCCUACAUCUUGUGCCAGGUCUUUGGAGGAAAACAUGUCCCUUCCUCGAGUUGAAAAUCCUUGCUUUCUUCUUUUCUUGGGCAUCUUUCAAGCAAUAUUCAUUUUGAUACUAUAUCGAGGUGGAGCUUCAAGUGUGUUUCAGGGUUUUUUAGAAGUUCCUCAACCACUGGACUACUCAAAAACAGAAGAUGUGUAUACAAAUCUCAGCUUGUUUAUUCGUGCUCCUAAUAAGGAAAUUAUGUCGUAUUGUACACCACUGUCACCAAUAUUUGUUGGACCCUUAACCGUCACCUUUAACACCCUACCCAGUGAAAGAACAAUCAUCCGCAAAAAUGUGUACGUCCAAUUAGGUGGGCGCUACAGUCCUCCCCAGUGCCUGGCUCGUUACAAAACGGCAGUUAUUAUACCACACAGGAAUCGCGAAAAGCAGCUGCGCCAUUUGCUGUAUUACCUUCAUCCCUUCCUCCAGCGUCAGCAGCUUCAGUACCGCAUCUACUUGAUUCACCAGGCUGGAAACGGUCCGUUUAACCAAGCAAAGCUCCUCAAUGUCGGCGUCCGUGAGGCCAUGAAGGAUGAUGACUGGGACUGCCUGCUCCUGCAUAAUGUAGACCUUGUUCCAGAGAAUGAUUAUAAUCUCUAUGUCUGUGAUGAAUACUACCCUAAACACAUGUCCAGUGCCAUAGACAAGUUACAAUACAGUUUGCCAUAUUGGUCCUUCUUUGGUGGCGUGUCUGCUUUGACCCCGUAUCAUUACAUGAAGAUCAAUGGGUUUCCGAACACCUUCUGGGACCGUGGCGGCGAGCAUGAUGACAUUGCUGAAAGGAUUCGAUUAGCGGGACUGAAAAUAGUUCGGACCCCACCGCACCUUGGGCGUUACAAGAUGAUGGACCAUGAACAUACUUCUGGGUAUGCUGAGAAUGUUAAAGGGCCUGCUGUGCUGCACACCAGAACAACGUGGAAGGAUGAUGGAAUGAAUUCUCUAGAGUUCAAAGUCUUGGCAAAGAAGCUUCAUCCUCUUUAUACUAACAUUACUGUGGAUAUCGGGGACCCACCAGUGCUCCCUCCAGUGAGCGAAACAUAGGAAAGUUUGAAAUUGUGAUCAUUAUCUGGCUGUUUGGCAGUGCUGGACAUGCCUGCUGAACACAAGGGUUAUAAAACUGCAUGUCUUUAUCCUGAACUUCUGUUUACAAGAAGGAAAUGAGAAAUGCCCAGGAACGGCAACAGUGGUAUUAGCUUUAUUGUGAAAGGCACUUGAAAUUUUCUGAGUGCAGUGACUACUGAGGCCCUCUUCUCUUCCCUCACUACUUGCACAGCUCUUCUCGAACAGCAAACUAUAGAUCAUCUAGCCAGCCCACUGUGAUGUGGAUACUUCACAUUAUUGCAUCCUUUCUGCAUCUACCUGAGUUCAGCGUUAAGAUACACUUAAGUGUUUGAUCUAAUUGAGGAACGGUUUGUUUUUGGGAAGGCUCGCCGGUCAGACAGCCUGUUCUUCUGCACCUUAGUGCGAAGACUUUGAGGCCACAGUUAAGUGUUAUUUUAUUUAAAUGGUUAAUGUUUAUUAAGAAAAAAAAUGUUCAGUUAAACUCAUGACAGAGCGCCAACGUAUAUUACUUCAUGAAAAAAACGUUGAGAAGUGUGUUCCGAAAAGUUAUUUGAACUGUUUCUUUUUGUGCUUCAGCAGACUUGGUCUGUCCUAACACCCACCUACCUCCAGAAAACAAACACUCACACCCAGCACAGUCACCAUGGGAGUGCAGCUGAGGACCUCCUGUGGUAAGCCACUUGGCCACAAUGUAUGACACUGUCUAUCAGAGAGUUUCCAUCCCACCAUCAAUUCUGUAUUUCAGCACUGGUCUGUCACCAAUUCCUAGGGGUUUUCUUAGAUGGAGCAUUUUUGUGUUGCAGCUUUAAAUGUGUAUUUAGAAAACUUUUUUACUAAGGGAUUUUCUAGAGGACAUGAGGAAGGCGGGCAGUGUAAUAUGUGAGGAACUACGGUUCAGUCUAAAGUUAAAAAGGGAUAAUUGCACUAGACAAUCAGAGUUGUCAUGAGCACAUGGUGUUAUUGGGAGUGAAGUAGUCUAAAAACCACUUCUUCCACAUGCAAGCCCCUUAUCUGUAUGAUUGGUCUUCAAUGUCAUGUCAGAUUUAAAUCUCUCAACGUUUCAGUGUUUUUACUUGCCCUUGUUUUCCAGUAUUACAGUAAAAAUUAGAUGUUUUUAAAAAGCUGUUAAAUUAAGAAACAUAAUCCAGCUAUAAUAUUGAGUAAGAAUUUUGGGAACAGGUUUAAUGAAAGUUUUUUUUUUGGGGGGGGGGGGGGGGUGCAACUUGUCAUGGAUUUGUUGUAAGCAGAAUAAAAUUUAAUGUUGAGAAACCAAA